AUGGCUCUGGAGGACCGCCGCGCCAAGCGCCUGUCCCUCACGGCCGUGGCGGCGGAGGAGGAGAACUCCCUGCGCAACGGGAGGGGACUCUCGGACCAGUGGGCCGACGGCGUGGCGGUCCGAAGCAGGACCACGGAGCGCCACAUCGCCGUGCACAAGCGCCUGGUGCUCGGCUUCGCCGUCUCCAUCGUCACCCUCAUCGCGGUCACCGCGGUCGCCGUGCUGCUCGGCGUCCGCUUCGAGGAGUGCGCGGGAGAGAGCGCCUCGCGCGCGCCCAACGCCUCGAGCGCCCGCGCCAACCAGUCUCGCGACGCCCACUCGAGCCAGAGGGACGAGGAAGCGGCUCAGCCGUGGCGGCAGCUCCGGCUCCCCGCGUCUCUGCGGCCGCGCCACUACGACCUGAGGCUCGCCGUGUACAUGGACAACUUCACCUUCUCCGGGGAGGUGAACAUCGAGUUCGAGUGCGUGAACGCCACGCGCUUCGUGGUGCUGCACGCGGACGGGCUGCGCGUGGACAGGGCGGCGGUGUACUCGGACAGCAAGAAGCCGGGCGUCCUGCGCGUGCACCGCCAGUUCCAGUACCCUGCCAACCAGGUGCUCGUGGUCGCGCUGUCCCGCGAGCUGAAGCCCCUGCGGACCUACAAGAUGAACAUCACCUUCGAGGCGCAGAUCGAGAACGAGCUGCUCGGCUUCUUCAGGAGCUCCUACGUCAUGCAGGGAGAGCGAAGGUAUCUUGCGGUAACGCAGUUUUCCCCCAUCCACGCCAGAAAAGCCUUCCCGUGUUUCGAUGAGCCUGUCUUUAAAGCGACUUUUAAAGUCAGCCUGAAGCAUGAAAGCGCCUAUUUGUCUCUCUCCAACAUGCCCGUGGAGAUGUCUGUGCUGGAUGAGGAUGAGUGGGUCACCGAUCAUUUUUCUCGCACCCCCCGCAUGUCCACGUACUAUCUAGCUUGGGCAGUGUGCAAUUUCACGUACAAGGAGUCCUUCACCAGGAGUGGAGUUCUGAUCCGCCUGUAUGCCAGGCCCGAUGCUAUCGGUCGGGGUUAUGGGGACUACGCCUUGAACAUCACCAAGAGGCUCCUCCAGUUCUAUGAAGAUUACUUCAAAGUCAAGUACUCCCUGCCAAAGUUAGACCUGCUGGCUGUGCCGAAGCAUCCCUAUGCUGCCAUGGAGAACUGGGGCCUCAGCGUGUUUGUGGAGCAGAAGAUAUUGCUGGAUCCCAAGGUUUCCUCUUUCUCCUAUUUGAUGGAGCUCACCAUGGUCGUGGUUCAUGAAAUCUGUCACCAGUGGUUUGGGGACCUUGUAACACCAGUGUGGUGGGAAGACGUGUGGCUGAAAGAAGGCUUUGCACACUUCUUUGAGUACAUGGGGACGGACUUCCUCUUCCCAAAGUGGAACAUGGAGAAGCAGCGAUUCCUGACGGACGUCUUGCAUGAGGUGAUGCUCCUGGAUGGCCUGGCCAGUUCUCACCCCAUCUCCCAGCAGGUGUACCAGGCCACCGAUAUUGACAGGGUGUUUGACUGGAUCGCCUACAAGAAGGGGGCUGCUCUAAUUCGCAUGUUAGCCAACGUCAUGGGCCAGCCAGUUUUCCAGAGAGGGCUAAAUGACUAUCUCAGGACACACAUGUACGGGAACGCAGCUAGAGACGACUUGUGGAACAAAUUCUCCGAGGCCAUGCAGAAGGAGGGGAAGUACAUCAAUAUCAAAGAGGUGAUGAAUGGCUGGACACUCCAGAUGGGCUACCCAGUUGUCACCAUUAUCAGGAAUGACAGCCUGGACCACAGUGUGAUCAUCAGCCAAGAGCACUUCCUGUACCACCCUGAUGCCAGAAACAGAGACCCAGGCCUGCUCAACACAAGCUUCCAGUGGCAAAUCCCAUUGACUGUUUCAGUUGGCAAUUAUACUCAUAUAUCCCCAGAAUCCAUUAUCUGGCUUUCCAACAAGACAGAGCUGCACAAAAUGAGCCUAAUGGAGGAGGGGACGUGGCUCCUGGGAAACAUCAACCAGACGGGCUACUUCAGAGUAAACUAUGACCUUCACAACUGGAGGCUUCUACUGGAACAGCUGAUGAAGAACCCAGAGAUCAUCUCCGUGGGCAACCGAGCAGGCCUCAUUGAUGACGCCUUUAACCUGGCCAGGGCUGGGUACAUUCCUCAAAACAUCCCGUUGGAGAUGAUCUGCUACCUGACCCAGGAGAGGGAGUUCCUGCCGUGGCAUGCGGCCAGCCGGUCCCUCUACCAGCUGGACAAGCUGCUGGAUCGCUCCGAAGAGUACAGCAUCUUUAGCGAUUAUGUGUUAAAACAAGUGGCCUCCAUGUACCAUAGGCUAGGAUGGCCCACAAGUCCCUCCAAUGGCUCCAUCAUGCAAGCAGCCUACCAGACCGAGGAGCUGCAGAGAGAGGUGAUAAUGCUGGCCUGCAGUUUUGGGAACAAGCACUGUCAUAACCAAGCUAUGGCUCUCAUCUCCGACUGGAUAUCGAGCAACAAGAACAGGAUUCCGCCCAAUGUGAGGGACAUUGUUUACUGCACGGGUGUGUCGCUGAUGGAUGAGGAUGUAUGGGAGUUCAUCUGGAUGAAGUUCCAUUCCACAACAGCCAUCUCAGAGAAGAAGGUGCUGUUGGAAGCCCUCACCUGCAGUGGGAACACCUUCCUGCUGAACAGACUCCUGAAUCUCUCUCUGAGUUCGGACCUUGUUCCUGAGCAGGACGUCAUAGAUGUCAUCAUCCAUGUGGGUCGGAAUCCCCGUGGAAGACCACUCGCCUGGAGGUACUUCAGGGAAAAGUGGGACAUUCUGAACUCCAGAUAUGGCGAAGCUUUAUUUAUGAAUGCCAAAUUAAUCAAUGGAGUGACAGAGUUUCUAAACACAGAAUCUGAACUCAACGAGCUGAAGGAGUUCAUUGAGGAGAAUGAAGGAGAAGGAGUUUCGGCCUUGGUUCGAGCUGUGGAGAUUGUGGAGGCUAACGUGAGGUGGCACCGUCUCUUCCGGCAGCAGUUUUUCCAGUGGCUGAGGAAAUCCCCUGACAGCUAGUCUGGGACAGUUUACAGCAU